UGACAAAUAUCAUAGCAAUCCGACCAAGUAAAAGUUGUUAUCAUAGCUAGAUUAGAUCUGCGGCUAAACAAAUAUGGAAUCAGCUAUUUUCGAAGACUGUAGGAAAUUAAUAGACCUAUUUGUAACAUCUGGAAAUCACACCUUUGCAUCUUUUUGCAAGCAAUGGAAAGCUUUACAAUUUCAACAAAUUUACUAUGCACAGACUACACAUAUUGAAGUAAUACAAACCACUGCAGCAAUAAUGAACUGUGCAAGGCACGAGAUUUGCGAUUCUGAAGUAAAUAUCAAAAAUGGAGACCUCACUGUGGAUAAGGAAGUUAAAAAUACGACAGCACAACAUUUUACAGAUGAAGUAAUGAGGCGAAGAAUUGGAUAUUUGUUUCUGCUGUAUGCGAUUUACUUUAAACAACCUACAGAAGGUUUUGUUAAGAUUGAAACUACUCUCAAUACUUGGCAUAUUCUGAAAACCUUUAUAGACUCAUUGCCACCGUCUAUCGACAUGGAUGAUGUGCGCUACGUAUUUUGGCGUCUAUUGCAAGCCGAUGCUUUUCGUUUUACCGCUCUUAACUACUGCGUAGGCUUAGAGGAUUUAGUUGAUUACGAGAAAUUGAAUGAUAGAGAAAACACUAGUUUUCAGUACAAUAAUAGUGGCAAAGGACUUGAACAACAAUUGCAUGAUUUUUCAGCGAUUAAACGUAUUUUGCCUGCGCUGUCGGUGCUAGAGGAUGGAUAUAACGAAAUGAAAGAAAUGUUAGUAAAUACCAACACAAAUGGUUUGCAUAAGCAAUCAUUGCCAGCUUCAACAAUUUUUAAAAGCAUUGAACAGUGUUUUCAGAAUAUUCAGUCUAUUGUUGAUGACUCUGAGAGUGGUAGCAAAGCCAAUUCGCUACUUUUAGAAAGUUCUAAGCGGCAUUUAAAGCGUAAGGGUUUCUCUAAUAAUUAUGGAGAAAAACAAGACAACUCCAAGGUUGAUAAUGAAAAUAACUCUAGAAAACAUAAAUCACUUAGAAGGAUGUCAGCACGCACAGUAUUCACUGAUAAAUUGCCAUCGGACAUGUUGGAAGAUUUGGAAGAACAAAGGUCAAUUGGAAGUGAUGACCACCUGGAUGAUCAUAUUGAACCCACAUAUGAUCGGGGAGUGCUACAAGAAAGUGUUGCAGAGAUAGCAGGUGUCAAUUUAACAGAUUCUCAAGAAGAAACAGAUGGUACAGCCGAAUAUUUGACAGAAAAUUGUGAAGUGCAAGAAGUGAUAGAACGACAAAUGAAUGACUUAUUAGAAAUAGAACUUACAGAGGAAUUCGUAUCGAUUCCAAAAGACAAAGAAAUAAAUAAUAUUAUAAAAAUUUAACGAGGUUGGCAAUUAUAAUAAAUUAAAAAAUUGGAAAU